CUGGGGUUCCCCUCUUACAUUGUGUGUGUCCCCACGCUGAGUUGUACUGCCAGAAACUGCCACCCUCUCCACCUGCUUUAGGAACUUGCCUGUCAUGUUGUAUGUGGUGUGUGGGUGUGAUGCACACCCAGUCUCUCUCUGACGGCACUGCCUUGGGCUCUAGUGGCUGCCAGGCAUCCCGGCAACCAGGACGAUGUUUGAAUGCCCAGGGCUGAAACCGGGAGAUGGUGGCAGGUUCCGUGUCUGUGAGAGAACAAACCUAUUCUUUGUUGAAUUUAACACAGUCUCUUGUUCCAGCCGGAGUACCAUGGAAGCAGGGCCGUGGACUGGAAAGGGCUACAGUGCCCCCUGGAUGUACCACAGGGUCGCUGGGCAGUACACGCUCUUGGAGAAGCAGCUGGUGUCCGAUUUUUCUCCGUGCCCACGGCGCCCCAGCUCCAGUGUCCUGCAGGAUUCAACCAACUGGCAUGACGUCCAGCCGCCAUUUCACUGGGGUCCACUGAGGCAGGAAGGCCCCUGGUUUCCAGGGUCAGAGUCGAAGAGGGCCGUCGCUUCUUCUCCGAAGCCCCGCAGUCAACGCAGCCCGAUUUACGAUGGCUUCCCUGCGGUCUGCAGAAGGGAGCUGGCCUGGGGGGCUGCUGCGCCCACCCCCUCUAAAGAGCCAGCCGCUCCAAACUGCAGCAAGGGGCCGCUGGGCGCAUCUGACAAGCUCCGAGGCGAUCUUCCUGCCCGGUCCCCGCCCAGCUACGAAGCCCACAUGCAGCUCCGGGCCGGCCAGGGCCCCCGCAAGGAAAACUGGCCGCGCCCGCCGCCCUACGUCGCUCCCCCAUCCUACGAGACUGCCCACCGCACAGUGCGGCCCCAGCCCCGCGCGUCCAGGGCCGCCAGCGUCGGGGGGAAGUCGGCCACCCGGACAGAAGCGCCCCCCAAGCGGCUGGAGCCAGUCCGCGAGGGAGGACCGCGAACACCCAGCUCCAGGCAGAAGAGAGGGCAGUGCCCGGCCCCGGUGCCCGGCCCUUGGAGCUACCUCGGGGGAGCCAGAACCUGGGCUGGGCGGAGGAGGCUGCCGGAGCGGGCAGAGGCCGCCCCCGCCUGGGCAUCUGACUGGCUCAGGACCCCCCCGCCCAGAAGCCACACCCUGCCGCGGGCCACCAGGUGGCUGCCCGCCUCCUGCCCGCCGGUGCCCAGCGGCUCCGUUCCCCAGGACGCCCUCCCUGCACCGUGGGGCUUCAGCCACAACGCCCCCCAAGGGAGCCGGGGGAGCGCGGAGUGGAAGGAGGGCGGCAGCAGGCGGCUCAGGGAGAGCCCGGCCAGAGCCACGCCGCAGAGGCCUGGCGGGCUGAUGGUGAUCGACGCCACGUGCGUCGUGAUCCAGACCCACUACAUCCCCCCGGCGCGGACCGAGCGCGUGCGCUACGUGGGCCGGGCGGGCGCGAAGCAGAGUCCCGCCAGCGCGUCUCCCGCCUCGGGCUCCCUGCAGGAACGGGCCUCCCGCAUCCUGGGCCUCCCCCUCAGCGAGCUGGGCUUUACCGAACAGCAGGCAGGACGGCCCUCGGGGUCAGCCAGCCCCAGGCGCAGCAGGGCUGAGGGCAGAGGCCUGGCGGAGGCGCCUGCAGCCGGGGCUGCCUCUGUGCUGCUGCCGCCCGAGCGGGCCCCUCUUCCCACCCAGGGGAGCCCCAAGCAACCAUUCUCCAAUCCGGCGGCGCCCGAGAGCGCCCUAGCAGAGCCUCCAGACGCAGGCCUGAUUUGCCUUGAGGUAGGCCAGAGCUGUGCGCCCCUGGCUGAAGCAGAGCCCGCCCGUAGCCCACAGAACAGAUCCUACGUGCGGGAUCUUAGAGAAGCCAUGUCAAGGAUCCGCCGCCACACAGCACCAGAUUCAGACACUGAUGAAGAGCUGGAGAAGGAGCGACAGGCGGCCGAUGGCCAUUUCCCAUGGAAGGGGCGCCUGAACGAAGGGGCGCUCUCCUAUAGCAGCAGCAGCUCAGAGAGCAUAAGCUCUAAUGCCACGGUGGUGCCCGGAAAUGCCAAAUCCGCCACCCUGAGGAAUGGUCUUGAGAGGGGCUGGCAGCUCAGUCGAGCAAUGCCAUAG